AUGGUUCGAAUGCUCCUCCACAUGCCCGAAGACAAACUCAACCUGCGCGUCGCUCAAUUCGUCAUGCUCUUCAAGACGAUAUACCCAGAGAUCAACGUCGCGCUAGAGGAGGAAGAAGUGGAAGUGAAUGAGUGGGCUGUUUCAUGGUUGAGAUACCUUCUCUGUCGAGAAUUAGCGCCGGAUUGUUUGCUGCGGUUAUGGGACACUUACUUCGCCGCCGAGUCGCCAGAUGAUGGAAUCUUACUCCAUACAUACAUCUGUCUAGCAAUACUGGACAACUUGCAGGGGACAAUCAUUGAGCUUAGCGAACGUUCUGAAAUGUUGUCGCUGCUCCACCAUCUCCCCGUCAUGGACAUGGAUCAAAUCAUAACUCAGGCACAGAGUAUUCGGGACGAGGUUUACGCGAGAAACCUGCUGUAG